CCACCACCUCGUCUCCCAUCCUCGCCAUGGCCACCACCAAUCUCCCCGCCUUCCAGCCACGCCUAAUCUUCGAGGCCUCCCCGGACAUCACGCGCAGCUACUUCCUGGGCCACCACCAGGCGGCCCUGUCGCGCAUGCGCAGCACCCUCUCCAACGUUGGCCUCAUCAUCGAGUGCCGCGACUUCCGCGUCCCGCUGACCUCGUGGAACCCGCUCCUCGAGCGCAGCCUCGCCGCCUCCGCCUCGCCCGCCGCCGACCGCGCCCGCAUCAUCGUCUACACCAAGCGCGACCUCGGACCGCCGCCCGGCGACGGCGCCGGGCCGCAGCAGCGGGGCCAACAGCAGAACGGCUCCGAUAUCGUCCGGGAACUGACCCGCUUCCACCGCGAGCGCGGGCACGCCGCCGCGGUGGUGUUCCUCGGGCAGGGGACCGGUGGCCGGGGGGGCGGCGGCCGUGGAGAAGGAGGAGGCGGCGGCUUCGGCUUCGACGACGACCGGGUGCUGCUCUCGGCCGUGAAGCGGGUGGCCCGCGAAGCCGACGUUCUCACGGGCCUGCAGGUCAUGGUGGUGGGGAUGCCGAACGCGGGCAAGUCGACGCUGCUGAACCGGCUGCGGGCGCGCGGCAUGGGCCCUGGCCUAGCCAAGGCGGCGCGGACGGGGGCGCAGCCGGGCGUGACGCGCAAGAUGGGCACGGCGGUGCGGAUCGUGCGGGGCGAGGACUGCGGCGGUCCGGGAGGUAGGGGGGGCGAGGGCGUGUUCGUGCUGGACACGCCCGGCGUGUUCGUGCCGCACGUGUCCGACGCAGAGAGCAUGCUCAAGCUCGCCCUCGUCGGCUGCGUCAAGGACGGCCUGGUGCCCCACGUCGCCGUCGCCGACUACCUGCUCUUCCACCUCAACCGCGUCGACCCGGCGCUGUACGCGCGCUACGCCCCGCCCACUAACGACGUCGACGAGUUCCUCGCCGCCGUCGCCCGCCGAACGGGGAAGCUGCUGCGCGGGGGCGCGCCCAGCAUCGACGGCGCCGCCGACUGGAUCGUCCAGGAGUGGCGCCGCGGCGACCUCGGCAGGUUCGUCCUCGAUGAGGUCUCGCCGCAGACUCUCGACGCUGUAGUCGCGUCCGCACGCGCCCCGGUGCUGAGCAUGAACCAGGCCCGCAAGAAGGACAAGGAGGCCCGCAAGGCGAAGAUCGACGCGAGGAGGCUGGGUGGCGGAGCCCCUGCCGGGCAGGCUGGCGCGUGAGAGAGUAGGAGAUGGAGAGGCUUUGCGGAUAGGCCUUGGGAACGAUGGACUCAGGUUUCCGUAGCCGGGGUUCUUCUGGUUGGCUAUAUGGAACCCCCCCCCCCCCCCCUUCAGGCCCCGCAAAGCAAUGAAGGAUAUGGCGGAUGGGUGCCAGCGCUCGUCGAGGUUGCUGGAUGGUCCUUUGCUGAGACCAACAGCCUCUGGCCCGUUCCUGGCGAAGGCAUAUAAUACCCCUCCUAGACUACGAGAGCGGACCACAACGGCCCUGCUACCGAGGUGGAAAAGGAAGAAUCGGUGUGCCGUGCCGUGAUCAUGGGCUAUGUGAUGGAGACGAAAACAUCAUUGUACAGUACAUACAUGUAUAAGUACGGCAGAUCUAAGAUCAUAGAUAUAUAUACCCCCUCCAGCUCAGCCG